UUCAUUCCAACAAAGUGGUAUCAGAGCCACAAGUUCCUUUUGAAGAUGGCAAAUAAUGGUGUUCCCUUCCAAGUUCCAUUGCUCACUAAGAGCAACUAUGACAAUUGGAGUCUUAGGAUGAUGGCUAUCUUAGGAGCACAUGAUGUGUGGGAGAUAGUCGAGAAAGGCUUCGUUGAACCGGAGAAUGAUGGUGGUUUAUCUCAAACACAAAAGGAUGGUUUGAGAGAUUCAAGGAAGAGAGACAAGAAGGCUCUCUGUCUAAUCCAUCAAGGAUUAGAUGAAGAUACAUUUGAGAAGGUUGCUGGAGCAAAGACAUCCAAAGAAGCAUGGGAGAAGCUUCGGACAUCUUACAAGGGAGCGGAACAAGUUAAGAAGGUACGUCUUCAAACUCUAAGAGGAGAAUUUGAAGCAUUACAAAUGAAGGAAGGAGAACUCAUCUCAGAUUACUUCUCAAGAGUAUUGACGGUUACUAAUAACCUAAAAAGAAAUGGUGAGAAGUUAGAUGAGGUGAGAAUCAUGGAGAAAGUUCUUAGAUCAUUGGAUUCAAAAUUCGAGCAUAUCGUCACCAUUAUUGAAGAGACAAAAGACUUGGAGACUAUGACAAUGGAGCAACUUCUUGGAUCACUACAAGCUUAUGAAGAAAAGAAGAAGAAGAAAGAAGAUAUUGUGGAGCAAGUUCUCAAGAUGAGAAUUGAUCACAAGGAAGAAAGUGGCCGAAGCAAUCUAAGACGUGGUGGCGGUCAUUUCCGAGGACGAGGUUGUGGUGUAAAUGGACGAGGUUGGAGACCAUAUGAAGACAACUUCAACCAAAGAGGAGAGAAUUCAUCAAGAGGUCGUGGAAGAGGAAACCCAAAAUCAAGGUACGAUAAAUCAAGCAUCAAAUGCUAUAGUUGUGGAAAAUUUGGACAUUAUGCUUCUGAGUGCAAAACUCCAAACAAGAAUAGAGUUGAAGAGAAGUCCAACUAUGUUGAAGAAAGGAGUAAAGAAGAAGAUAUGCUAUUGAUGGCUUACAAGAAGGAUGAACCAAAUGAGGUUCACAAGUGGUACCUUGAUAGUGGUGCAAGCAACCACAUGUGUGGAAAUAAAAGCAUGUUCGUGGAGCUUGAUGAAUCGGUCAAUAUGGCUUUGGGAGAUGAAUCGAAGAUGGAGGUGAAAGGUAAAGGAAAUAUUCUCAUCCGCUUGAAGAAUGGAGAUCAUCAAUUCAUUUCCAACGUUUACUACAUUCCAAGCAUGAAGACCAACAUCAAGACAAUCAUUAGUCGGAAUGUCAUCUUUGAUGAAGAAGGAGAAUGGGAUUGGAGAUCAAAUAAUGAAGACUACAACUUCUUUCCAUCCUUUGAAGAAGAGAAUGUGGAUCAACCGAGAGAAGAGCCAGCUACACCACCAACUUCCCCAACAACAAGUUCUCAAGGAGAUGAAAGCUCAAGUGAAAGGACUCCACGUUUUAGAAGUCUACAAGACAUCUACGAGGUAACCGAAAAUCAAGACAAUCUUACUCUAUUUUGUCUAUUUGCGGAUUGCGAGCCUAUGAACUUUGAAGAAGCCCAAGAAAAGAAGUCAUGGAGAAGUGCAAUGGAUGAGGAAAUCAAGUCGAUUCAAAAGAAUGAUACAUGGGAGUUAGCUUCACUUCCAAAUGGACACAAGGCAAUUGGUGUGAAGUGGGUGUACAAGGCAAAGAAGAACUCUAAAGGAGAAGUUGAAAGGUACAAGGCAAGAUUGGUGGAAAAAGGCUAUAGUCAAAAAGCCGGGAUCGACUAUGAUGAGUGUCGGAAGGAAAUGAAUGAGAAUAAGAUCAAAGAUCGAAGCAUUCAUGAUCGUGAGGGCUCUUAUACCAUAUCAAGAUUCAGUGAGUUUGAAGGCGAGGAAGAUGAAAUAUAG